CUGCGCCAGUCAUGCCGUGGCCACGGUCGCUGCAACACCGCCGAAACGUCAGAAAUACAAAAUUAAUAAGCAACGCGACUCCACCCCACAUUGUGCGCACAUGUCCAUCGAUGCCGGCUAUUCACUUCAGCUCUGACCACGUGACAACAUAUACUGGUUUCACGGCGCAAACUGAACAAAACAACGAUAUACCUACUUAUUACAAGAAAAAUGUUAAAACAGUAACGAUGGAGGAGCCAUUGGACGGCCGCGAGAGCGGCGCCGGCGCAGCGGGGUUCGACUCGGCGGCCAUCUUGAAUGAUGACGUCUCGCCUACCACUAGCUUUUGCUACAAUAUACCUAACUUAUUUAAUGGAUUAGGGCCAACAUCAGUGCUAUGUGAACGAGCUGAGACGGAGACGAGUGAGUCGUACACCACGGCGGAACCUUCCGAGGAGCCGGUAGACCACCAGCAAUACGACGACGAUGAAGAAUAUUCACCUAAAUCCAGUUCCAAAAAUGACAUUCCAAAAAGAAAACAGAGAAGAUACAGAACAACCUUCUCGAAUGUUCAACUGGAGCAACUGGAAGCAGCGUUCCACAAGACGCACUAUCCUGACGUCUUCUUUAGAGAGGAGCUGGCUAUGAGGAUAGACCUCACGGAAGCCAGGGUUCAGGUAUGGUUCCAAAAUCGUCGAGCUAAGUGGAGGAAGCAGCAGAAGGCUGGCUGUGAACAGUACCCUCGCACAGCCAGGUCUCCAGAUGACAGAUCCCCAUCGGCCCUCGCUUUGGAAAUGAGGGAUUUCAUUACUAUACCUGUAUCAUCACCCCAGAUGGUCAACCUAGCAGAAACCACUUACCAAUCGAAGAAGCAUCCUCAACCAGCGAUCCAUAUAGCUGCUCUACCAACCAGACAGAAUCCUCAAGUAGAGCUACCUUCAUUCUCCAUACCCCUCCAAUACAACCUUGGUACCUUCAAAAAAGUAGGCGAAGACCAAAUUGAUAUGGAAAGCCCAGAACAGUGGGAUGGUAGAAUGAUGAACUUUAACAUUAUGAACCUAAAACCUUUAAUCGAAAGGCAAACUGAUUCUGGUGACAUGAAAUAUGAAGUGAAGAAUGAGUCUAGAACCUUCGAAAUGUCGAACAGUAUACAAACUAUUGAAACAGAAGACAUACUAGGCAAAGAGAGUGUCAGUGAAGGUCAAACUAUAGCACCAGACUUUGAAAUAGAAAGAUAUCAAAACUACCAGAGUGAAGGCGACAAAAGAUAUCGCGAUAAUACAUUUGAAGAGUCAAUUAUGGAAGAUAGAAACGAUUUCGUGGGAGAUUUUCUUUGUAAGAAUAACUUUGAUAAGGCUGAAGAGAAAAGGAGUGAGUUUGAAGAUUGUCAUUUAUUGGAUACUGAUAGUAAUGUUGGUAUUAGUAAUUUUGAGAGUACUCUGUAACCAUAAUAAGGUAUGUUACCAUGGACCUUAUCUUACAAGGACACCAUGCAUUAUGUAUGUAUGCAGUUGCCUCUUGGUAUUAAAGAGCGAAUGCUUUGGACUGUAAGGGUGGUGGAAACACGAGAUUUU